AUGGUAACUUAUCUCAAUCUCAGUAAAUAUAUAAUUCGUCUCGAAAGCCUUCCACGAGAGCUGGAUCGCUCGAGCAGCUCGAGCAUGUCGUGCUCGCGUGGGUGGUGGAACGACCUCCCGUCGGAUCUCCUCGCGCUCGUCGCCGGCUGCCUCACGUUCCAGGCCUACACCCGCGCCCGCGCCGCCUGCGCCGCCAGGCGCGCCGCCCUCCCCGCGAUCUCCUCGCCGUCGCUCCUCGUCCUCCACGACGACCACCGCGAACGCUCCAGCUUCUCCGCAUGGUUCUUGUCCCCCAGGAUCUCCAUCGCUAGCUUGGCCACCAACCUGAUCUCUACGGGGAGGGCGCAGCGCUGCGUCGGCUCCGGCCAUGGCUGGGUCGCCUUCGGCGACUUCAAUGCCUCCCUCGUGAACGCGUUCACCGGCGACGAGAUCCCCUUCCAUUCGUUCCCGGAGAAGCACGGCGUGGUGAUGUCGAAGGUCGUCUUCGCGCCGAACCCGACGCCGGCGGAGUUCACGGCGGCGGCGAUCACCGGCCACCUCCGCGUCACCUACACCACUCGCGGGAACAGCGGAUGGACCGACGUCGAGCUCCCGCGUCUCGGCGCUAUCGGCGGCGGGGACUACAUCGCCGACGUGGUGUACCACGAGAAAGAAUUCGGCGGCGGCAAGAAGAAGAAGGUGGUGUACUGCCUCACCGGAGGCGGCGACGUGCUCGUCCUCCGCCUCCCCGCCGGCCGCCGCCGCCGCCAGCGAAGGCCGGCGUCGUUCGAGCCACUGUUCGACAAGGCGAGCGCCGUGUUCUACCCGGCGGCCGCGUUCGCGCCACCGCACAGCACGGGCGACAAGUACCUGGUGGUCUGCGAUGACGGCCAUCUCUACCAGAUCUGGAUGGACGAAAAGAUCUCCUAUGGCAGUGGCGCCAUAGCAUCCGUUCUCAGGUACUACCCUCGCCGCCGGCCGUGCUGGCUGCCGGCGAAGGAUCUCGGCGGGCGCUCGUUCUUCGUCGGGGUGAACAACGCGGUGGCGCUGCGCGUGGAUGGUGGCGGCGGCGGCGCGUCGGGGCUGAGAGGCAACUGCGUGUACUGGAGUGCCAGGUGUAGUAGCCGGGCCAAGGUGUUCGACGUGGAGUCCGGCAAGUCGGCGACAUGCUUUCCGGUGGUCGACUUGGAGACGGGCAAGUCGGCGCCGGGCUUUCCCGGCGGCGCGGAAGCUCAUAGAGCCCUCUGCUGGUUCUUCUUGGCUGAUAUGCGUAGCAGCAGCAGCAAUACGAGAGUGGGAACGUCGGCUCAUCAGCUUCAGAAAAGGGCUCGUCAUGCAUGAAUUAUCGGACCGAGUUUUAUAAGACUACUCUCGCUCCGCUUCAGAUUACAAACCCUUGUUCAUUUUGAAGGAUUCCUAAAGUAAAUCUCAAUUCCUUUGGAAUAAGCACUAUUUAUACAUUCCGUCUGUAGAAACACUAUGCCAAUCCUCCAAAAUAUGCUAAUUCCAUAGAAAUGAAAACAUCCACGCCAUCCUCUUUUCUUUAGCUCAGUGUAGGUCUAUAGGAAAAAUUUAUGUGUUCCAAUCUUUUUUUUCACGUGCAUUUCUACAUUAUUUCUACGUUUUUAUUAUUACUGUGAUUUGAUCAAAG